CAAUCAACCGAAACGGCAAUGUCGUGUUUUUCGUUAGCGUACAGACGCGCUGACGAAGUUCUUUUCAGUUCCGGAGUCUCAGAGCGAGAACAUAAGUGCCCUAUUGAUUUCCAGACACUUAGGGAGAAAACUGGAGGGGUGGCAACGCACACGUUCAGCAAAAGAACAGGUGCCGUUGUGGUUGACUUGCACAGUGACAGAACAAAGUAUCUCUGGGCUGUCUUCCCAAGUGUCUUGAGUACUACCUGAUAUGCAAUGUCUAGCACGGGAAGUAAACGCCCUGCAUCAACUGAGGUUUCAGUCUCCGCACCCCCUGACAAAAAAGCAAGUGUUGAGGAUUCAGGGACCACGGUUGAAACCAUCAAGUUGGGAGGAGUUUCAUCCACAGAAGAACUGGAUUAUCGUACACUUCAGAUAAAGAACAGAAAGCUUGCAGAAGCAUUGGACCAGCGUCAGACAAUUGAAGAUGAGCUGAAAGAGAGGAUUGAAAAGCUAGAAAAACGUCAAGCAACAGAUGAUGCCUCUCUGCUUAUUGUGAAUCGCUACUGGAGUCAGUUUGAUGAGAAUAAUCGAAUCAUCCUGAAGCGAUACAAUUUGGAUGAGGAAACCUGGGACCUUCUGUGUGAGCCGAAGGCAGCCCUUGUUGUCUCAGAACCAGAGCCAGACUCUGACAGCAACCAAGAACGCAAAGAUUUGAAGGAUGCAGACACACGAGAGGAACUCAGUGAGCAUGCCUUUUCUUUCUUGGCAACAUUGGCCAGUAGCAGCAGUGAGGAAAUAGAAUCACAGCUUCAAGAGCGAGUAGACAAGUCAAAAAGGACAGUUUCUCAGACUGUUGAGGUCUAUGACAAGCUUAUGGAACAGAUUGACAAGAUUAUGGAAAAACUUGAAAGUGGAGAAACUUCACAGGUAGAAGAGGGUGUAAAUGAGCUAAAUGCUGUACUACAGCGGGAGAAUCCGCGUCUCCACCAGAUGACAGAUUUCUUGGAAGCAAAACAUGCAAGAAUGUCAGAAGAGUUUUCAGAGCUUGAACACCGAGUGGAGACUGCAGAUUCUAAAGUUUUAGCAAUGGAAAGAACACUAGAUGAUCUUCAGUGGGAUGCAGACAAGAUACGAAAGCGGGAGCAGAGGUUGAAUAGACACCUAGCAGAAGUGCUAGAAAGGGUGAAUUCAAAAGGCUACAAAGUUUAUGGUGGUGCAAGCAGUCUGUAUGGAGGCACAAUCACUAUCAAUGCCCGAAAAUUUGAAGAGAUGAAUUCAGAGUUGGAAGAAAAUAAAGAACUGGCAGACAACCGACUCCUGGAGUUGGAGAAGCUGAAACAGGAUUUGCAUUCUGUUACUUCUGACAAUGAGAAACUGCAUAUGGAACUCCAGAAGAUUGUAGAUGAGGCAGUAAGGGAUACCCCAGAAUAUAGGUGUUUGCAGUCCCAGUUCUCUGUUUUAUACAAUGAAAGCCUUCUCCUGAAGUCACAGUUGGAUGAUGCAAGGAGCCUGUUACAGGGAACAAGAGGAACCCACCAGCGUCAAGUCGAACAGAUGGAGCGUGAUGAGGUGGUUUUGCAGAAGAAACUACGUACAGAGGUGAUUCAGUUAGAGGACACACUUGCCCAAGUCAGGAAGGAGUAUGAAAUGCUGCGGAUUGAAUUUGAACAAACUCUUGCUGCAAAUGAGCAAGCAGGGCCAAUCAAUCGAGAGAUGCGGCAUCUGAUCAGCAGCCUACAGAACCACAAUCAUCAACUAAAGGGUGAAGUACAGCGUUACAAGCGCAAACUGCGAGAGGUUCAGUCAGAGUUGAGUAAGGUGAGGAUGCGUGGAGGUGUCCCAAUUUUACAGGCUCAGUCCAGCACAGAAGAGACAAAAGAGGAGAAUCCCAUUGUGAAAAGUGAGCUAGAGGAGUCUUCAAUAACACUGACACCCACAAACCAGGUGAAGGUAGAGAAAGAGGAAAUCGGUGACAUUCGUGUGAAAAAGGAGGAGGAAGAAGAAAAGGAGACUGAGAAACGGGAGAAGGAGAGGGAGAGAGAACGGGAGAAGGAGAAGCAGCGUGAUAGGUCAAAGGAAAAGGAUAGAGAUUCUGGAAAAGAGAAGUGUAAAUCAGAAGAUGGAAAAAAGAAAGAAGCAGAAAUGGUCAAACAACUACGAACGGAGCUUAAGAAAGUUCAGGAGAGCCAGAAAGAAAUGAAGCUACUGCUGGAUAUGUACCGCUCAGCCCCAAAGGAACAGAGAGACAAGGUGCAACUUAUGGCUGCUGAGAAGAAGGCAAAGGGAGAGUUAGAGGAAUUGAAGCAACGUUUGAAAGAACUGGAUGAGCGAGAGAGGAAGGAAAACAAAAAGAUGGCAGAUGAAGAGGCACUACGGAAGAUCCGGCUAGUGGAGGAGCAGAUUGAACACCUUCAGAAAAAACUGAGCAUGGCAAAGCAGGAAGAAGAGGCCUUGCUCUCAGAAAUGGAUGUCACAGGUCAGGCAUUUGAAGACAUGCAGGAACAGAAUAUCCGUUUGAUGCAGCAGUUGCGUGAGAAGGAUGAUGCCAACUUCAAGCUCAUGUCUGAGCGCAUUAAAUCCAACCAGAUCCACAAGCUUCUGAAGGAGGAAAAGGAAGAGCUGGCUGACCAAGUUUUGACUUUAAAAACACAGGUGGAUGCCCAGUUACAGGUGGUACGCAAGCUGGAAGAAAAAGAGCACAUAUUGGCCAAUACCAUCAGCACAGCAGAGAAGGAACUUUCUCAGAGGACGCAAGCCUUAGAAAUGCACAAACGAAAGGCAUUGGAGGCUACCCAGCUGGCAGAGGACCUUAAGGUGCAGUAUGAUACUUCUCUAAGGAAACUGAAGGAGGUUCAAGAAGAAAUAGUGGAGAAUAGUGUUGCUAGAGAGAAGGAGACCUUCAACUACAAACGGGCCCAGGAAGAUAUUUCCAAACUACGAAGAAAACUGGAAAAGACAAAGAAACCAGACAUGCCAUCCAACUGUGAUGAGAUCCUGAUGGAAGAGAUUAAAGACUAUAAGGCUCGUCUGACUUGUCCUUGCUGUAACAUGAGAAACAAAGAUGCUGUUCUGACCAAGUGCUUUCAUGUGUUCUGCUUUGAAUGUGUCAAGACACGGUAUGACACACGCCAGAGAAAGUGCCCUAAAUGUAAUGCUGUCUUCGGUGCCAAUGAUUUCCACAGAAUCUAUAUUGGAUGAAUUUGCUUCAAGAGCUGGACUCUUGAAAAUCUGGAGGUCUUAAUUUUAUUUCAGAGAUGGAUAGUUUCUUAUGGGUUCAUGCAGCCCUGAAAAGAAUGUGGACUUUUUGCUGCUUGAUGUGCAGAAAAGAAACAGUAUGUCACACACUGCAUUUGGAAUUUGAUAGUUUGCAUUAUACACAUGUGACUGUCUCUGAUGUGGUUUGAGCAGGUGAAAUCGUUUAAAAGAACUUUACAAGUAAUAAAAAGACUGUCUAAUGUAUAUAUGUUGCUAAACAGCCCCAGAUAUGCAAAAGUUUAUUUUUGUAAUAUUUCAGUGACAGCCAUUAGACACAGUUUAUCUGAUCCAUGUAGAUAGUCUUCAUUUGCAUGGAAAUAUGUCUUUAAUUCCAUUAGGCCCAACAGAUGUGUCUAUGUAAUGUUUUGCCCCUACUUCUACCAUUUCUUUCAAGCACUACAGUAUGUUUUGUGGGAUAUUAUGGUGUCCUAGACUACUGCAAGUGUAUGUCAGCUGUAUGUCAUCAGGCGCAGGUUAAAAUAAAAUAAGAUUUUAUUUCCAUUGGUAUGACCCAGCAAGGUGGAGUUGUAGGGAAAGGGAAGAGGAUUGCAAAGAGUGGGUAAAUGCAGAACCAGAAAAUGUAGAUAGUCUUUUAAUUUUCUGUGUUUCAGUUCUCAUACUGCAUUUGUCAGAGAUAUAUAUUUUGUUUUUGGCUGAGCCGUUGAAUAUUGCUGCUUUGCAGCAUAAGCCAAGACCUGUGCAUUGUAGUGCUAAAUCUUUGACUUUGAAAGGGGUGUAUUGUUUCUAUUAUUUAUUUUUUGUAACAUUUUUGUUUGUAAUGCACUUUUACAUUGAUUCUAUAGCAGGUUUGAUUUCAUGUGUAUAAUUCAGGAAUACUUUGUUUUGAUAUUUUAGUAUGAUUUUGUAAAUAUGGUAAAACUUUGUUAAAAAAAUGUUUCAGAA